ACUUCGCAUCGUUGUUAGAUACGCGGAAUAGUCGCGCUCUCGCGCUCCGACUACAAGAAUAUAAAGCGAUCAGCUGGAAAUAAAUCCGUGCACGCGCUCGUUCAGAUUGCUGUGCAUCACACAUGUAAAAGACUGAGAUUGUGCAAACAUCUGCAGAGAUUUUCAUCACUUCUAGAGGUCCAGACAUUUGUUCCUACAAGCUGUGGCAACAAGUUUCCCACAAUCUCGUUUUAACUGUUGGCGUUCCUUGCACUCCCUAGGCCCAAGAGGUCCCUGUCAUUGCAAUGGAUCCCAGCAGUUGGAGUGGCAGUGAAAGUGCUGGGGAGGAUAUCGAGAGGAUGAGCGACUCGGCCGAUAAGCCUAUGGACAAUGACGCUGAGGGCGUGUGGAGCGCUGAUAUUGAGCAGAGCUUCCAGGAGGCUUUGGCCAUCUACCCCCCCUGUGGCCGACGGAAAAUCAUUCUGUCCGAUGAGGGGAAAAUGUAUGGCCGUAACGAAUUAAUCGCUAGAUACAUCAAACUCAGAACAGGAAAGACACGGACGAGAAAGCAGGUCUCUAGUCAUAUCCAGGUUCUUGCCCGGCGGAAAUCCAGAGAAUUUCACUCCAAGCUAAAGGACCAGACUGUGAAGAAUGAUGCUAUCAACAGGAUGGCAGCCAUGUCUUCAGCGCAGAUCGUCGCAGCAACAGCCAUCCACAGCAGACUUGGUCUGGCGGGGCUCCCAAGGGCCACCUUGCCUGGUGCGGGAGGGUUUUGGCAGGUGUCAACAGGGCAGCCUGGCUCCUCACAAGAUAUUAAACCAUUCCCACAGCAGAACUACCCCAUCCAGACAGCCACAGCCAUCGCAGCUUUCGAGUCCCCCAAACCCCCAGCUACUGCAGUGCCGGCAUGGCAGGGACGCUCUAUCGGCACCUCCAAACUGAGGCUCGUGGAGUUUUCUGCUUUCCUGGAGCAUCAGCGGGACCCAGACUCAUACAACAAACAUCUGUUUGUGCACAUCGGCCAGACGAAUUAUUCAUACAGCGAUGCACUCCUUGAGACAGUGGAUAUACGCCAAAUCUACGAUAAAUUCCCUGAGAAAAAAGGGGGACUAAAGGAGCUGUUUGGAAAAGGGCCUCAGAAUGCUUUCUUCCUGGUCAAGUUCUGGGCUGUCCUGAACUGUAACAUCCAGGAGGAUUCUGGAGCAUUCUAUGGCGUGACCAGUCAGUAUGAGAGCUCAGAGAACAUGACCAUUACCUGCUCGACAAAGGUCUGCUCCUUCGGAAAACAAGUGGUUGAAAAAGUUGAGACGGAGUAUGCUCGGUUUGAGAAUGGCCGCUUUGUGUACAAAAUCAGCCGGUCGCCCAUGUGUGAAUACAUGAUCAACUUCAUCCAUAAACUAAAACACCUGCCUGAGAAAUACAUGAUGAACAGUGUACUAGAGAACUUCACCAUACUAAUGGUGGUGUCGAACAGAGAAACACAAGAGACGCUGCUGUGCAUGGCGUGCGUGUUUGAAGUAUCAAACAGCGAGCACGGUGCUCAGCAUCACAUCUACAGACUGGUCAAAGACUGAGGCAACCGGUCUCGUACGAGCAACACAACAAACAGUCAGCUAGCUACUCGCUGCCCACAGAGAGAACGAAAAAGGAACUUGAGAACAGUGGUGACUUUAUAUUCCGCUGAGGCUUUUACCCACAGCAAAUACACUGCUGACAGCAGCCAAUGGUGGAAGAGCCUUUCGGACUAAGAAAAGCCUUUGAAUGACUCACAAGCUCAUUUAGGUGACUUUGCCUCUGGCUUUUGGCACAUUUUGUGUCUGGAAUUAAUAACUGCAUUUACUGUAUUUUUUGUCAUCUGUGUUUUGGUGUUUUUCUUUUUAAUCUGUUGCGUGGGCAAAUUGGCGGUACUGUUUUGUUACUUUGUUGGAAAGUCUAUGUUUAACCUGGUGUUUUGGAUGGACAUUGCUUAUAUAAAAUUGUAUUGGCAUAGUUUUUUUUUCUGUCUUUUAUUCUCACAUUGAACUGUAUAUUGCAAACAUUUGCCCCCAGGUAUUUUUCAUCUUUGGUGAAAGAUCAUAAAAAGGCACUGUAUUAUUUAUGUGGAACUUACUGCCUUAUACACUGCGCACAUGGGCCAUUCCCAGUGUGGCCUACAGUUAAACAUACUAAAACACUGUACUUAGAUACACGCAUUUUAUUUUAAUAGAAACUUUUAGAAAACGGCUAAAAAUUAUUCAUUGAACAAAUUGCAGGAUAUACAUAAAUCAAGCCAUUUAAGAUACAAAAAUAAAAACUAAAUAAUCACCUUUAUACUAUCCUUUGUAUUCCACUAGUCAUUGGAGGUGAUAAACUGUUCAUUUGUGAAUUUUCAGAGCGUAUAGAAACUAGCACAUUUUUAUCAGAUAAAUUGCCUAAUACUUCCCAUAUUAAAGGAAUGUUCUGGGUUCAAUACAAGUUGAGCUCAGUGAGCAGCAUUUGUGGUAUAGUGUUGACUACCACAAAAAGUAAUUUCGUCUCUCUUUUUCUUAAAAAAAAAAAAAAGCAAAAAUGGAGGUUACAGUGAGGCACUUACAAUGGGGCCAAUUUUAGGAGAGUUUAAACAGAAAUGUGAAGCUUAAUUUUUUUAUAAAAAACUUACAUUAAUUCUUAUGUUAAAACUCAUGUAUUAUUUGAGCUGUAAACUUGUUUAAAUCAUCGUUUUUACCAUAAUUUUAGGGUUUGUUGACAUUACAUUGUCAUGGCAAUGGAGUUAUAAAAUGGACUAUAACUUUACACAGGAAAGGUUAGUGAGAUAUUUUAUUACACUAAAAUCAUGUUGACAUGCAUAUUGUUUGUCAUGUGACUAUACCUUUGAAACAGUGAGUAUUAUAACAUUAAAACAUUGGCCCCCAUUCCCUUCCAUUGUAAAUGCCUCACUGUAAUGCAGACUUUUGCUUUUUUUAAAGGAGGGGCAAGUCAGAACUACUUUUUGUGGUAAUCAGAAUCCACUUUAGAUCAUAUAUAAUCAACAUUAUGCCACAAAUGCUGUCGACUGAUCUUAACUUGUAUUGAACCCGGAAUAUUCCUUUAAAAGAGGCUACACAAGUGAGGGAAUUUAAAUAGCAAAAUCACCAAAGCAUAAAAGAAUAUUGUGCCUUAGUGUUUAUCAUCAGACUUUGUCUAAUUCUGAGUAAAGGUGUGAAACCGAACUUGACGUUUGUAUUUUGUCCCACAAAAAUGUUGACAUACCAUAUUUGUUGUCAAGCCAGUCUAAGCAAAGUAGAUCACUAAUUUCUCUCUUUUCGUACACCAAAUAAAUACACUCUGUCACUUCUGUUCAUGCCAAGUGAAUGCUACAGGUGUUGAAAGUGCCUUUUUUUCCAACUCAGAAAAGAUUUGAAAUGUUGACACCAAAACAGCGAGUCAGAUUUGGAUUCUAUCACCAUAAUGCCUUUGACAUUUGAAUUCUUUUGAAAGCUGGGAGAACUGUGAUUCAUUCUUAAACUGGCUGACAGAAAUGUGUUGUCUCUCUCUUGUGCAUUUAGUAAUUUUGAUGGAUACAUAUGACUUUUAUUUUUCAAUUUUUGCAUUGUGGACCAGUCAACAAGGACACAGUAUGAAACUAUAAAUGGCACAAAUGUUUUAACAGGACUUUAAUCAGCAGUUCUUCUAAUCUGUAAGGAAAGCAAUUCAUUUUGGUGUCAUGUAUAUAGGUGAAUGAUGAUAAGAUUUUAUGUACACAAAGGCAUCAAUUGAUGUGGCAUUACUUAAAAUGAAAGAACCAGAUAACAGUCCAGCAGACAUAUUGCUCUGAGUAAAAUGACUCCCAAUAAUCUGAAUUACAUUUUUGAUAUCGGUUUUAUUCACCAAACAAGAUUGUUGCAUAUCAUAUCUGAAUUUUUCUUUUUUUUUUGUCACUCGUUUUGUGUUUUUACCUGUUUGGGAGAAUAUCUGUUAGCAAAAUGAACAUUAAAAGAGAACACUAAUGUUCUUGUCAAUUCUUUGUCAUUUUUCAGUAAGACAAGAAUCUGGAGAGCACUGAAGUGUUAUUAAGGUGGGGUAGAUUUUUUAAUAGGUAGACACGUUUGUCAAAGAAUUGUUCAGUUGUGUAUGUUUACCUUUAUGUUGGAAGAAUGACACAAAAAGAAAAUGAAAAUAAACUUUUAGUGUUUG